CUCAAUGACAAGCUGUUCAAACAGAGAGCACCUAUCACAACGAAUAUGAUCAUCUGCGCCUCUCUUUCUUCCUUUCAGGAUAUACUGCUGUCCAUCAGGAGAAGUAAUUAACAGGCUGAUUAUGUAUGAAAGCGUCAUCCCAUCAGUUUGCGGCUGGCUUGAAUAGCUCAUCUCAGCUUUUCAUUCAUGCCAAGUAGACUCCGUGUCCGGAGAUAUGAUAAAGCCAUACCUCCUCUCGGAUUUUUCCCUUGCUACUUGAAAAACAGCGCACCAGAACUAUGUGUUACAGGGGCACUAGGAGAACCGAAGAAGAAAUCCUUUUAUCCUCUAGCUAAUGGACUGAAAAGUUGGUAAAGAGAAAAACAAGGAAAGCCAGAGAGUGCAAGAGGACAUCCAUGCUUCUAGACCAGGUCGUUGUUUGGGGUUUUGGGGGUGUUUUUUUUUUUUUAUAAAGCAGCUUGAUUUGGGAGCAUGUGUAGUUCUGAAAUAUGAACAAACAGAACUUUUCCAGAGGGUAAAAUGUCUAUAGAAACAGCCAGGAUUUCUCACUGCUGAAGCAUUCAAUGAAUUUUUAAUAAGUUCUGAACACUCAAAUUGUCUGCAGUCAGAUCAACUGCUGUUACCAGAUAAAGGCAAAAUUCACCCUUCUGGUUCUAUAAUCCUAUCCAUAUAGUCUCCAUCUAGUGCAUGCUGUCCUAACUAAUGCUUCAGGAUUAUCAGGAAUACAGAAAUAAAGACACUGCAAGAAAUAAAACGCACCGGGAAAAGAGAACACGAAGGGGAAGUACAGAAGGCAUCUCAGGUACGAAGCUUACUAUUUCCAGCCAGAGUUCAAAUUACGGAGCUUCAAACAAACCACUACCAGAUGCGUGGCCAAGAAGAGGUGAGACAGAAAAGAGAACGGUCAAGAACCUGAGAUUUAAUCCUAAUGUAAACUCUGGCACCAGGAUGGAAGGGGAAUCUUUGCACAAUGUAACCACAGUCAAUGGCACCCCAGUAAAUCACCAGCCUUUGGAACGCCAUGGGUUAUGGGAAGUCAUCACCAUCGCAGCUGUGACCGCUGUGGUGAGCCUGAUCACCAUUGUGGGCAAUGUCUUGGUCAUGAUCUCCUUCAAAGUUAACAGUCAGCUCAAGACAGUUAACAACUAUUACCUGCUCAGCUUAGCCUGUGCAGAUCUCAUCAUUGGCAUCUUCUCCAUGAACCUCUACACCACCUACAUCCUCAUGGGACGCUGGGCUCUUGGGAGUCUGGCUUGUGACCUUUGGCUUGCACUGGACUAUGUGGCCAGCAAUGCCUCUGUCAUGAACCUUCUGGUGAUCAGUUUUGACCGUUAUUUUUCCAUCACAAGACCCCUGACAUAUCGGGCCAAGCGUACCCCAAAGAGGGCUGGCAUCAUGAUUGGCCUGGCCUGGCUGAUUUCCUUCAUCCUCUGGGCCCCAGCAAUCCUCUGCUGGCAGUACUUGGUUGGGAAACGGACGGUCCCACCGGAUGAGUGCCAGAUCCAGUUCCUCUCUGAGCCCACCAUCACAUUUGGCACUGCCAUUGCUGCCUUCUACAUCCCUGUUUCUGUCAUGACCAUCCUCUACUGCCGAAUCUACCGGGAAACAGAGAAGCGAACCAAAGACCUGGCUGACCUCCAGGGCUCUGAUUCCGUGGCCAAAGCUGAGAAGAGAAAGCCAGCUCACAGGGCUCUGCUCAGAUCCUGCCUCAGCUGCCCUCGACCUGCCCUGGCCCACAGGGACAGGGAGCAGGCCUCCUGGUCAUCCUCCCGCAGGAGCACCUCCACCACCGGGAAGCUGUCCCAAGUCACUGGCCCAGGCCCUGACUGGCCCAAAGCUGAGCAGCUCACCACCUGCAGCAGCUACGCUUCCUCAGAAGACGAGGACAAGCCCACCGCAGAGCCUGUCUUCCAAGUGGUCUACAAAAGGCAGGCCAAGGAAAGCCCAAGGGAAGAAUUCAGUGCUGAAGAGACCAAGGAAACUUUUGUGAAAGCUCAAAAUGAACAAAAUGACUAUGACACCCCCAAAUAUUUCCUGUCUCCAGCUGCUGCUCAUAGACCCAAGAGUCAGAAAUGUGUGGCCUAUAAGUUCCGAUUGGUGGUAAAAGCUGAUGGGACCCGGGAGACCAACAAUGGCUGUCACAAAGUGAAAAUUAUGCCCUGCUCCUUCCCAGUGGCCAAGGACCCUUCGACGAAAGGCCUCGACCCCAACCUCAGCCAUCAAAUGACAAAACGAAAGAGAAUGGUCCUUGUCAAAGAGAGGAAAGCGGCCCAGACCUUGAGUGCCAUUCUCCUGGCCUUCAUCAUCACAUGGACCCCUUAUAACAUCAUGGUCCUAGUUUCCACCUUCUGUGACAAGUGUGUCCCAGUCACCCUGUGGCACUUGGGCUAUUGGUUGUGCUAUGUCAAUAGCACCGUCAACCCCAUCUGCUAUGCCCUCUGCAACAGAACCUUCAGGAAGACCUUUAAGAUGUUGCUUCUCUGCCGAUGGAAAAAGAAAAAAGUGGAAGAGAAGUUGUACUGGCAGGGGAACAGCAAGCUACCCUGAGCGGCUCACAGCUCCUCCUCAAAGAAUAAUGCCCAGAGCCAGCUUCCUCUGAGGGUGGGCAAGCUGAAUUUGGUGUGUAUAUUUUUUGAAAAGACAUCUGCCAUUUUGAGCCCCUGAGGACUUCUGUAAAGGCGGAAGGUCCAUUGCCAAAAGGAAGGAGUCACAGCUGCAGCAAUUUCUGUCACAUUUAAUGAUGCUUGCCUGUAAACAAAGCCACCUGAUGCUACUGGAGGUUGCCAAUGAAGUAAAGAGAGUCUUGCCGCCCUUCACAGGAGGAAGCCCACUGCGUCACAGUGAGCAAUGGCUUAAGGAACUUUUGUCACCCUUCUGUGGAGAAGAGCAGGGACCAGGUGGAAACCUUCCCAUGUGGAAAUCUGUCCUAGAGUUUUGUGCAAUAUGUAAGAGUCUUGUGUGGGUGACAACCCAGAGACCGUAAAUCAGUGUUACCUGUUAACAGAAGUGAUUAUUCAACUGGUUUCUAAGAAUUUAUUUCUUCACAAACUGAUCAGUGUUUCUCACACAGCUAUUAUGUGGUCUAUACUGCGGUAUGUUUUCCUGUCCCUACAUCUGAGUGCAGUGCGGCUCUUUCUCCUCCCUUUUAAAACAGAUGCCAAUUCCUGGGACUCACUGAAACCAUGCUGAUCCCCUUGGAACCACCCUUCCUCUGAGACUCUGGGGUCCAGAAGGACAUGGAAACCUGGUCACACUCAGUCCUUCAGAGGGACUUCUGUUCUGUUAAUAAAGAUGAUCAAGUCUCCACAAUCA